UUAGUUUCGGGGUUAUCAGUCCAUUAGUUGUGACGUCACCAGUCUUGGCUUCGUCUCUCUUCGUUCGCCCCUCGUGGAAUUUCUUGUUCGUUUCACCAACUUCGGGUUUUGUAUUUAUACAUUUAAAUUAAUUCAGACAAAACAUGAAUGCUGAAAAGUUACGACAGCUUCAGAAUCAGGUGAAAGAUAUCCGUAUUGGUGGUAAGGGAACAGCCAGAAGGAAAAAGAAGGUCGUCCAUCGCACUGCCACCACCGACGACAAAAAGUUGCAGGUUUCGCUGAAGAAGUUGACAGUCAGCAACAUUUCUGGCAUUGAAGAGGUGAACAUGAUCAAAGAAGAUGGUCAAGUAAUUCAUUUCAACAACCCCAAAGUACAGGCGUCCUUGACAGCUAACACCUUUGCCAUUACCGGCCAUGCAGAGACAAGGCAAAUUGCUGAAAUGUUACCUGGAAUCUUGAACCAGCUUGGUGCCGAGAGUUUGAGUAAUUUAAAGAAGUUGGCUAAUAGCGUGGCCGGAGCAGAGGGAGACACCAGCAAACCUUCUACAGAAGACAUUGAUGCUGAUGAUGAUGAAGUUCCUGAUCUUGUGGAAAACUUCGAUGAACCCUCCAGAGGAGAAGGUGUUUGAGAACUACUUUCCACCACCAUUUUUCUAUCUCUCUUCUCUUCACUCUGUCUAUCACGUCUCUGCAUUUACUACUGCAAUCCCUAAGCAAAAUGAGUUUUCUGCAUUUCAUAUUGGCAUGUCCAGCCUCUUCUAUGUCCGUCGACUGCCCAGUCUCUACUGGCACCUGGCGACCUCACUCCCCACCCAAACAAACUCCUUGUAGGUUUGGGAGACAUUAGUUGGAGAGACUGUUGGAUUUUUCUCACAUUUACUAUAAGAAUGCGGAAUUUAAAAUUUCAAGAAAACUUUUUUUCCUGUCUCCCCCAUUUGUUUUCUUUUUCUCGACUUUCAACAAAGGUAUUUUUAUUUAUUUUUUUUUUUUACCCUGUCCUUAAUUCUAUAAUUUUUUUUUUUUUAAGAAAGGCGAAAGCCUCAAACCCUUGGCCCCUUCCACUUUGUUUUCUGAGACUGUAAAUGUACAUAAAUCAACAGAAUAAUAAAAAAAAAGAUAUGAACACUUUC